AUGUCUCUUCCACAAGGUGUCAAUGUUUCUCAAUCUUCUUGUGCAGGUUCUCCUCUUGUUUGUAAGAUGCACAAAUCCAUUUAUGGGCUUUGGAAAUCCUGUAGGAAAUGGUACAAGAAGUUAUCUGAUGCUCUCAUUGCAGAUGGGUUCCAACAGUCACAAGCAGAUCAUACACUUUUCACUAGAGGCAAAGAUAAUACUUUCAUCGCUCUCUUAGUCUACAUUGAUGAUAUAGUCCUCAUUGGGACCAACCUCAAUGAGCUUCAAUGUUUUCAAGAGUCUCUUCAUAGCCAAUUUAAACUCAAGGCACUUGGCACGCUCAAAUACUUCCUUGGUUUUGAAAUUGCUUGCUCAAAAUCUAGUCUCUUCCUCUCUCAAUGCAAGUACACACUUCAGUUACUUGAAGACCCGCGCUAUCUUGGAAGCAAACCAAUCAAAACCCCAAUGGACCCAAGGUUGAAGCUCAAUGACCAACACUGUGACCUUCUUUCUGAUCCUUCCCAUUACAGGAAACUUGUUGGUCAUCUUCUGUACUUGACCCUCUCCAGACCUGACAUCACAUACUAUGUCCACACUCUUAGCCAAUUCAUGGCCACUCCACAUACAACACAUCUCCAAGAUGCACAUCAUCUUCUAAGAUAUUUCAAGGGUCGACCUGGUCAAGGACUUCUCUAUUCCUCUUCUUCUUCUUCUCUUCAUCUCAGGGGUUUUUCAGAUUCAGAUUGGGCUUCCUGCUCGGUUACUAGGCGAUCAACUACAGGCUUUUGCAUCUUCUUAGGAGAUUGUUUAGUUUCUUGGUGCACAAAGAAACAACCUAAAAUUUCUAAAAGCUCUGUAGAGGCUGAAUAUCGUGUCUUAGCUUCCACUGCCAGUGAGAUUACAUGGAUUCAAUACCUUUUCAAAGACCUUCAAAUUCUCUCAUCUACACUAGCCUUUAUCUACUAUGGUAACCAGUUAGCUAUUCACAUAGCUAAUAACCCUACUUUCCAUGACAGAACCAAGCAUAUAGAGCUUGAUUGUCACUUUAUUAGAGACAAAGUCAAGAACUACUCCAUUCGAUUGAUUCCUGUCAGCAGCAGGCUGCAACUAGCCAAUGCACUCACAAAGGAAUUGUCUUCCACCACUCUCCAUUUUCACAUCAGUAAGAUGGCUGUACAUGAUAUAUACAGUCCAUCUUAA